AGCUGCUCACAGGUGACAGAAUGGAGAAAGAAGCUUUUAGGUGUGUUGAAUGUAACGAAAAAGCAGCGGAGCUCCACAGGGAUUACAGUAACGGGAUCCUAAAGAUAACUAUAUGUGAGUCCUGCCAAAAGCCAGUGGACAAGUACAUCGAGUACGACCCAGUUAUCAUCCUCAUCGAUGCCAUUUUGUGCAAGACACAGGCUUUUAGACACAUUUUGUUCAACACAAGCUUGAAUAUCCACUGGAAGCUGUGUGUGUUCUGCCUGCUGUGUGAGGCCUACCUCAGGUGGUCUCUGCUCCACGGCUCGGAGCAGAGCAGUGACCCGGCUGACAUCAUCAGAUACACCAAGGAAUGGGAGUUCUACGGCAUGUUUGGAUUGGCUGCUCUUGAGCUCUCAGCGUUCUGCGGCAGCGUGCUGUGGUUCCUUUGGGCGUGGGUGGGUCGUCUUCAGGGUGGGACCGUGGAGCUCAGCCUGCUCCUCAGAGCCCUGCUGCUGUCCUGCUACGGCAAAGUCCUGCUCAUCCCCGCUGUGAUCUGGGAGCACGACUACUCCCCGCUGUGUCUGGGCCUCAUCAAGCUGUUUGUGCUCACCUCAAACUCACAGGCCAUCAGAGUGAUCCUGAACAGCAGCAGACGUCUGUCACUGCUGGCAGUUUGUUUAGGCCUGCUGUCAGAAACCUGUGCUGCUCAGGCCUGCAAGAAGCUUCCGUGGAGCAUCCAGGACAUUUUGACAUUUUUAUGAACGCCUGCACCAUCAGACUGAAACGUUAUCUCAGGGAUAAACAAAAGAUUGUGGAUAUAAGCCUCGUGGACUUUGCACACAUGGGACUGGAGGAGGGAAAUUCCAUUUUUGGAGUGGUUUCCUUUAAUUUCCCUUUUUUAGUGUUUUUUUUAUUUUUGUUUGCUUCGUGAACAGGCUACAGGCUGAGUUAGCGUGACUCUGCUCAAACUGAGACUGCACAAGAGACAUUAUUUCUAUUUUUCAGUGCUCUUCAUAGAAGUGAAGAUUUGAGGGAGAUUUUUUUUAAGGGUGGCAUAUUUUAUUAAAAUGUCCGAGAGAAGUGGAAUUGCAUGCAAACGUGUCCAGAUCCAAGUUACUGUUUAACAUGCUCCAGUUCCUCUGCUGCUCUCUAGGAACGACACAAACACAGAGCCUGAGGUCUGACAAUAACUGCCUCUCUGUUUGGACACGACCCAGGCAGCACUCCUCACAUUCUUUAGCUCAUUGGUGAGAUUCUUACCUAAACUAUCUCUCACGCACAAACACACACAGGAAAAACUGUGGGAUGAAACAUGAAAGAGUGAAGCCCACUUUUGCAGAUUUCCCAGUUCUUUAUUACUGUGUUUAAAGCUCAUUGACACGUCGCUGUGUGAUGAGAGAGGUGAGAGUUGCAGUUUGUAACUAGUGUUUUGUCUUGAUAACAUUAUUAGGCCCACAACUGA